AUGAUUGGGGGGAUUUUCCCAGUUUUCAACAAGGAGAUAAGCAGCACUUCUACAUUUGAUAGGGACCCACCUGGAAUUAAGUGCAUAGGAUUUGACCUACGAGCGUUUCGAUGGACACAAGUGAUGAUAUUUGCAAUUGAAGAAAUUAACAAAGAUCCAACUCUCCUUCCAAACAUAUCACUUGGCUACAGGAUCCUUAACUCUUGUGCAUCUCCAACAAAUACUUUGCGUGCUGCAUUAACUCUGGCUAGUAGACCAGAGGAGACAGAGUCAACUUCCUCUUGCCCUCCAGCAAUAUCUGCCCUCAUAGCUGAAUCCGGAUCUUCUCAGUCUUUGGCUGUGGCUGGAACCCUUGGACCAUUUCAUCUGCCAGUAAGCUACUUCUCAACAUGUGCCUGUCUGAGUAAUAGAGCUAAAUAUCCUACAUUUUUUAGAACAAUCCCCAGUGACUAUUUCCAGGCAAAAGCUCUGGCUGCACUGGUCAAACGUUUUGGAUGGGAGUGGAUUGGAGCCAUACAAUCAGACAAUGAUUAUGGGCGGAAUGGGAUCCUGGCUUUUACUGAAGAGGUUAAAAAGCUUGGUGUUUGUAUUGCAUUUGUUGGGACAAUUCUACGGACAUACACUAUGGAUAAAAUACUAGAUGUUGUGGAAAUGAUUAAGCAGUCAACGGUUGAAGUAAUUCUUGCUUUUGUUCCUGAGGGUGACCUUUAUCCUUUGAUGAAAGAGAUUGUGAAACAGAACAUUACAGGAAUUCAGUGGAUUGGCAGUGAGGCCUGGAUAACAGCUACUCGACCCUCCACUCCAGAAACCUACAAAGCCUUUGGAGGAGCCCUUGGAUUUGUGGUGAAGAAGAUGGCUAUUCCAAACCUAAAACCAUUCCUUACAGGCAUUAGCCCUUACACUGAUCCAGCUGCAGCAUUUGUGAGGGAUUUCUGGGAGAUUAUGGUCACUGAUCAGAUUCAAAGGGUGAAUUUUAGGAAUCAGUUUGGGGAUAAUGUAUUUUUUGAUGAAAAUGGUGACCCUCCUGCUUCUUAUGAAAUUAUUAACUGGCAGCUGAGAGAUGGGCAGGUUCCAAAAUCAGUUUGCUCAAAUGUUUGUCCUAUUGGAACAAGGAAAGCCCAAAUUAAGGGAAAACCCACCUGCUGUUUUGACUGCAUCCCAUGUGCUGAUGGAACUAUAGCCAAUUCAACAGCAGAUUGCAUACCCUGUCCACAGGAAUACUGGUCCAAUGACAAGAAAGAUGAGUGCAUUCCUAAAACUAUUGAGUUCCUGACAUAUUCUGAGCCAAUGGGAAUAGCUCUCACAGUUGUGUCCCUGUUAGGAGCCACUCUGUCACUGGCCACGAUGACCAUCUUUAUCCGCUGCAGAGAUACCCCUGUGAUAAAGGCCAGCAACGCUGAGCUGAGCUGUUUUUUAUUGUUUUCUCUUUCUUUGUGUUUUCUCUGUCCCCUCACUUUUAUCGGCAGACCCACAGUCUGGACUUGCAUGCUGCGCCACACAGCUUUUGGAGUGACAUUUGCACUUAGUAUUUCAUGCAUCUUAGGAAAAACGAUUGUUGUCGUAACAGCUUUCAAAGCCUCGUUUCCUGGCAGCAAAGUUGCAGGAAAGUUUGGUCCUGUUCAGCAAAGGAUCAUAGUUUGUUCAUGCACUUUGAUUCAGAUACUAAUUUGUGUGUUGUGGCUAAAGUUACACCCGCCCUUCCCAGACAUGGUUUUCAGAUACAGCAAUAAGAAGAUAGUUUUAGAAUGCAACACUGGCUCUGAGGCUGCUUUCUAUGCAGUACUGGGGUACAUAGGGAUUCUUGCAAUAAUAUGUUUGGUCCUGGCAUUUCUAGCGAGAAAGUUGCCUGAUAAUUUUAAUGAAGCCAAAUUUAUCACUUUCAGCAUGCUGAUAUUCUGUGCAGUCUGGAUCACCUUUAUCCCAGCAUAUGUCAGUUCUCCUGGAAAGUUCACUGUAGCUGUGGAGAUAUUUGCAAUUUUGUCUUCAGCAUAUGGUUUAUUAAUUUGCAUUUUUGCACCUAAAUGUUACAUAAUAUUAAUAAAGCCAGAGAAAAACACCAAGAAGCAUGUCAUGGGAAAAAUCUAA